UCCCGGCAUACACUAAACCGAUCUAGUACGACAACGACACCGCAUCGGAAGGCUGUAUCAAACGAUUGUACCGAUUGUCAAACCUGCUGCCCCGUGAGUGAAUCAAGAAUGAAGCUGUUGUACGUGUGCUGCACUUUCCUGUUGGUGGCGGUGGCAUUUGAUAGCAUCGCAGCGAUCCCAGUGGAACAAGUGGAACAGGAUGGAGCGAUGGUCGUGAUGGAAGAUCCAGUGCAGGAUCAACAACCACUCACGCUGGAAGACAUGGCUGCGGUUAACGAUCGCGGCAUGAUGGAAGUGGGUGAAGCAGCUCGAGAGAAGCGACACCAUCGGUACGGUGGCUAUGGUGGUGGUUAUGGCGGAUAUCGAGGUGGAUAUGGAGGAUAUGGUGGAUAUGGAGGAUAUGGUGGAUACCGUGGCGGUUACGGUUAUGGUGGUCACCGGGGAGGAUACGGAGGUUACCGUCGGGGGGGAUACUACUGAAGCGCAUAAAGUGUGUAUAAAGUGUGAUGUUACAAAUUGUACCCAAUAAAGAACGAUUGUGAUACGGCA